AUGACAACUGCUGUCGCUGGGGCCCUAGCUGAGAUGUCUGGUGCUCGUGUACGCCUGGCCAUGAAAGUACUCAAGCAGAGGAUGCAGACAAAGCGACGCUCCUGUAUGAGUUAUGUGCAGCGGCUAGGAGGCACAGGCCCUACCUGUGCCUCUUGGGCUAAGCAGUAG